CCGCCGUCUAUCGCCAUCUCGCUGCUCUUCUAUCGUCUCGAUAUACGCCUCCUGGGGCGCCAGGUCAAACGAAAACUGCUCUGUGGGCUUGCUGGCGGCUACUGGCGACUUUUCGGUCCCUGGGACGACUCGGCGGCUACUGGUGACGUCCCUGGUCAUGAGACGUCCAAACACGGUGUUGGCGAUUUUAUCGUCGAAAAUAGGUGCUGUGGUUCGAUAGGCACCCUCGGCUUUCUUUGGUGGAGCAGGGAUGCGUGCCCCCACGUUCCGGUCGCGUGGUGGGGCGUACCCCGCGUCUUUGGCUUUUGAAAAUGGGUGUUCCGCUGCGGGAUGCACUGGUGGGUCCUUCUGGCGCGUUGCUGCGGGUCCCGGUGCGUUUUUAUCGAUUCCCGGGGCGCUCGUUGCUGACGGAUUCGGGCGGACGGUCUGUUCGGGCUCCUCGACUGGUUCGGACAAACGCCCCGCACCUAGGGCUGCGCGCGCUUGUUCCCUGCGUGAAGCUCGACGCGAUUUUCGGUCCGGAAUUGGAGCUGAGGAAAUGCGUGGAGAUUUCAGCUGUAUUCUGCGACGCCGCCAUUUGUCCUGGGUUCUGGCGAUGCCAUUCUUCGAUCCGUGCACGCAGAUUGGUGCCCAUGACACGCCGGGGAACGUACGAGCCGCUGGGCAGGACCACCUGGCCCUCGACGUUUCGUUUGCACUUUCCAGCCUGUGUAUCUUCGUCAACACGCGGGCAACGGAUGAUAAAAUGCCCCGAUUCACCGCAAUAGCUGCAGUUUAGGUCUCGUGGCGUAUUCUGGAUUGAAGAUGGCGCUCCCGUGCUCACUGGCCGGCUCUGCUGGGCGGCGACUGCUUGCGCCGUGACUGCUGCUUGUGCGGCAAGUACCUUCAUUAGCCCGUUCAUUGACUCCAUUAACUGGGCUAUAUUUGAAUCAGGUUCUUGUUUGACUGCCACGGGUUUCGGCGAUGCCGUGUUUGAGAUGGCUGAUCCAUGCGAGGAGUCUGCGAGGACGAACUCCAUGGCUUCGUUCAUGUCUGUGAGGUUGUAGGGGUCGUCUGGGUGCACGUCAGGCUUCUUGAUUUGUAGUCGCUGGUGGACUCGGCUCCAAAGGCUCGGCGGCGAGAUUGCUCGACGAAAGGCUCGAGAUUGUUCUGCGGUGGAUAGUCGGGCCUUGUCCACGAGGAAUUUGGUAAUGACCAAAAACUUCCGAUAGAAUUCGCUGUAGUCGGAACGAGACAAGAUCCCGACACUUGCGUAUUCCCCAAUAAGGGUGUGUAGAUCUGAAAGCGUGUACCGGCGAUCGGCAUCCGUGCCUGGGUAAAGUUUCAAGACGUCAGCUUUGAACGAUGCGUAGGAGUGGGGCGUAAGGAAAGAGUCCAGCGACUCCCAAAUCUCCUGGUCGUCCACUGAAAGGUAGCGUGUCGCGUGAGUCUUCUUUUCUUGUUCUGCCGUGACGCCUGCCAGAGAGAAAUGAAACUCCAGGUCGGUGAAGAAACGCAGCAGCUGUCGUGGCUGCUUAGCGUCGAACUCGGGGGCGCCUCGGGCGCCCCGUGCUGGCAUAUUGGUGUUGGUAGCCAUUGGUGCAUUUAUCAGAGGCGGUGUGACGGGUCGGAGACGAAAUGGAUCAGGGCUCGAUGAGGUCGAUGGUGUAGACUGAGGCGAAUGGGAUGAUCUCGAAGAGAACGAUGGCGUGAUGCGAAAUCGGGCAAGCGUCGGUGAAUCUGGAUCAACUAGAUCCAGGUGGUGAUGAUGCGAAAGGUGAUGAGGUACCGGGACCAGUAGAUCGUCUGAAGACGAAUCGCUGUGUCUCGAGGUGUCGGUGAGAUCGAGAGGAUUCUGCGCGAGGGCACGGAACUCGAGUCGAAGAUUCCGGCGAGCGUUAGGUCGAAGUCUGCGAGGUGAGUCUGACGCAAUGAUGGACAGAAAAACCCCCUCGCGGUGGGCUCCAAAAUGACGCGCCUACGGCGCUCCUAGGCUCAGA